UUCGGUGCAAAAGCUUAUUUACAACAAUGAAGACGGUUCGCUGUUCUCGGGAGCAACCUCAGUGGCUGUUAGUGAAGACGAUAACAAAAUGAUACUGGCUGGAGCCUACGAGGAAGGAAUUCUUGUGUGCUCUUUAUAAUAGACAUUAUAAUUUUCUCAUAAAAAGUUUACAAUUGGGCCAUACUUUCGAGCCAAACCUUUCCCCCCUCACGCAUCUUUCAAGGGCCCAAUGACCUCAUUGUUGAGAAUAAUUCUUUUACCUGGAUUCAAGUGAUAAGCUUUCGCCUACCAUGGCAUAUCUGACCCCAAAGCUACUGCUUUUUGUUCUUCAUGCUGUGUUGGGCUCUGUUGGCUUCUACCUCACUCUUUUCUACCGACAGUCUUUGCACUUGUCAUUGACAGCCAUUGGAAUCGCAGUUGCCAUAUCGGCCUUUGGAAAUCUGCUGGCAGGCCCAUUCUGGACUAUAAUCAUUGAGCGAUAUCCUUCUCGACAUGGCCAAUUACUCGCCGUUAUGAUGCUCACUGGUACUAUGAGUAUGGUUGCUGUGAGACUUGCCGUGGAUCUGAUAGAUCCUCAAUACUGGCAGCUGGCAUCUUUCAUGUCCGCUGCAUGUUAUGGCGUUUUCGCUUUGCCGUGCUGUGCUCUGGCUGACUACGCAGUUUUGAAGAUCCUUGGAAGCAAUUCUAUCCUUUAUGGUAGCCAAGCUGUAUACGGCUACGUAUCGAAAGCAUUAUGUUUCCUUCUCGUUGGAGUUUUGAUCGAUAACACCACCAGCGGGUUUGAUUCUGCUUUCUAUCUUUGGGCACUUUCUGCUAUCUUGUUCACCACACUGUGUUUGGCAACUGAUGUCGCGCCUGAUGAUAAGUCAGCCCAGGAGGUUGCAGAGAGUAGCGUCGAUUCAUUUCAACCUCUUCUCAAGGACAAUGUUUAUGGCAACAAUUAUGCAUAUCAUCCCUUCGAGGAUCAACUUUCAUACAUCUCCGAAGAAGGCAGCAUUCAUCCCACUUUGGAUGAACUGGAAAGACGGCAGACAAGCACCAGCUUCGCACCAACCUACAGGACAUUUUCGUCCAAUCCAAACUCCCACAUGCACCGUGUGUUGACUGGAUUCGAUUCGUUACACCAUACGUCUACAGCUAUCAUCCGCGAUAUACAUGUAAAAGCCAGCUUCAUCAUUGCCGAUAUGGAAAACCAAGUUCCUUCUUUAGGGCUUGCCCUGUCCCAUAUACCAGCUGCCGAUGUUGUGAUGUCAGGCUUGUUUCCACUGGUCAACGACGAUAACGAAAUGCCGCCAAUGCGCGUUAUCUUUGCCACCAAAAUUAUUGGCUUGUCCUUCAUGAUGUUGCUGACUGGCAUUUCAUUCUCCCUUGUGAAUACGGUGCUCCCAAUCUACCUCAGAGAAGUCAUCAAUGCGCCGAUCACUUGGUUGGCAUUCUUACGGCCUACUGGACUUUUGACAGAAGUUUUGACUUUUUGGAUGUCUAAAAGGAUUAUUGACAAGCUCGGCACGACAGUUGCAGUCAGCUUAGGGCAUAUUAUUCUGAUGGCACGGCCAAUCAUCUUCUAUUGUUUUUCUCAAAUUUUUAUGCGCUUCAAAGCUCUUGCCAUAGCUACCGAGUGCCUUCAGGGUGCAUCUUACGCACUAUUAUGGGCCGGAACCGUGAACUACAUCGACGUCUUCCUACCUGUUGAACAGCGUAGCCCCAUGCACGGCCUGCUGGCUCUCUUACAGAUCGGCUUUGGAAAUGCCCUAGGUGCAUUGAUGAGCGGUAUCUUCUAUGACCAAUUCAGUGCUUCGACCUUGUUCUUGAUUGCGACAGGUUGUGGCGCCGCCUCUAUGAUGUCGUUAUUCGUAUCGAUAAUAUAGCCUCGCCCAGACGUCUCUUGGCGAACUAUAUUAUGGAAGAAUCUCAUAUUUCUGGUAAUUGGUAGCCCCAGCGGUACCUGUAUACCUUAUAUAGCUGUAUAUACUGUUUUGAAAUUAAUAUACUAUAAACUUCGUCGUCGACUUGCUACCUUU